AUGCUUGCAGGAUUGACCCAAGCUGAGCUCCUCAAACUCAGUCCAGAGCUUGGUGUCUGUGUCGGAGGAUUAGAGGAUGAGGGAGAGGGAGAUAAUCUUCCAUCUAGAUCCGUGGAGUCAGAUGAGUUCAGACUAAAAGACAGGGAGGAGGUGAAGGAAUGUGACACUGAAUUCUUGGUUAGAGACGGCUGGAGCAGCAGAGGCGAGUUGGGUGGAGAUCGAAGAGUAGAUAUAGUUGAAGAGGGCAAAAAGAAAGAGGAGAGUAAAGACGCACAAAGAACCACCUCAUUCACAGAGAUGGCAAGAAGAAGGAAGAGGAACAGUGGUCUGUCUUCUGACCAUUAUUACAGCACUGGUCCUAGCAAUACACAUGAAACCAAAGCAAAGAGCGUGAGCUUUGAGACUUUCCAUCAUCCUGCUGAGUUACCAGAGUCACCCCCCCCUCCUCCUCCUCCUCGCCCCUUACCCCCAAUCCCCCCAUCUUUGCCACCCCUCAAAGUCAGCACUCUCCCUGCCAACUCUGCACAACCUGAGCGAUUUGAUUGGCUCAUAGCGUUCACACCUGAUUGUGAUGCCCUGCCACAGCCUCCACCCCUGGAAAUGACAAAAUCUCAUAUGGAAACCCAAAAGACGCACGGUUCGUCAGGUUCAUCUCCAGGGUCAGCUCCAAAGGUCACAACCUUCAAAGAGCUGCGUUUCCGCAAUAAGAACGCUUCCCUUCCAACGAAGGUGAUCACUGAACCAGAGCCUGACCCCACAAUCAUCACUCCAGAUCCAGAUAUACUGUACAACCUGAAGUGGAGAAGAGAGAAGGCAGGCAGUGAUGGCAGCCAAUGGGAAUACACCUCUCAGGCUAAGGCCCUGUUCAUGCAGCCGCCACCAGCUCUCACCUCAAUGGCUGCGCUGAAGGAAAUGCUCCAGAGAGCUGACGAGGAAGGCGGACAACCCGAGCUAUGCCCAUCACAGAAGAUUGGCUCCUCAGUCAGUGACAGCAGCCUGUGGACCAUGGGCAGAGAGUGGGAGGGCGAGGAAGUUAAGAGGGAGGAAAAGGAAGGGAAGGAAGAAGAAAAAGAGGAGGAGGUGGAGGUGAGAGGACGAGCCGAUGGAGGAAGGACUUUUCAGUCAAGAACUACAGCUGUUCGCAGUGUCUCGUUCGCUGGGUCUGUACAGAGGGGAGAGACAUCCUGGAUGGGCGAAGAUGUGAAGUUUCCAAUGAGAGCUCUGGUCAGUGCAGUCAGUGUGGCAGUGGAAGCCAUUUUGGCCCAGUUCAGUUCUUCUCGGACUGUAGUUCAGAAGGCCUUAUCAGGGGACAGCACUAUAAAUCCAUCUCUGGGCCGCCUGGUUCUGCAGUGCCUAUGCCCUGCCCUGCACAACUUGCUGACUGAUGGCUUGAAACCCCACCAGAGUGACCUGAUUGCAGGCAGGAGGCCAAACUCUGCCUGGGGCCUGGUCCAGGCCUCCACCAGGCCAGGUCCUAAAACACAAGCCUUGUUCAACCUACAACUUCGAGUUGGGGAGCUGCCCCAGCUCAGACAGAGCAAACACAGGUUCAAUGCCUUCCUCCUUGGCCUGCUGAAUACCAAGUUUCUUGAUUUCUGGCUGUCUCACCUUCAGUCUUGCAGUGAUGUCUUGGAGACAUACUACCGUCCCACCUCCUUUAUGCGUCUGUCCCUGACCACCUGCCAGACUCUGUUCGAGGAGCUGCUCCUUGUGCUGCAGCCUCUCAGCCUGCUGACGUUCAACCUCGACCUGCUCUUCCAGCACCACCAUUUAGAGCCAGACAGUCAAAGCCCAGAGAUCCCCAGUCCGCCCAGUCAGGAUGCAGGGUUCCAGCUGUCAACGGAGGGCUCCCAAUCCAAAAUCACAGACAGCAGACAUAUUGAAAGCCUCUCAGAAGUAGACUUUGGAAGCCCAGAACAUCAGGCAGCUAAAGAAAAAUCGUCACCAUUAGCUAAUCCAAAGACCGGAGGAUCAGGGGAGUCAAUACAUGUUGGUGCUGCACCCAUAAAGGCUUCAGUAACUCUCAGUCAGACAAGUCCUCAGCUGUUGUGGGUGCAGGAGAAGGAAAUUGGAGAAUUACCUCCUCCUGAUAUCGAAGAGGACAGCCUUGCUCAGCAGGCAGGACAGGUGAUCCAGCAGGGGUGGGGGGCAGUGGUGCGCUGGGGAGGCCGACUGAGCCACAACCUGGCUGAACUGAGCCUGUCUGCAGGGAGAAAGGAGGAAAUUAAGGCAGAUUUGCCGGAUCUCCAGACCCAGGCAGGAAGUGACUACACUCCAGUCAGCAGUGGUACUCAGGUUCCCUGGGGUCUGGGACGGCUGUUUGGAGCCUCUAAAAGCCCAAACAGCCCAACAAGUCAAACACCACCAACCAGGCGUCCCUCUCAGUGGUUGGCUCCCGGUGUCACGGCACUGACCCGAAUGGUGAGCAGCACCUCCAACCCGAUGGUAAAGAGGGCCCCGGAGCCUCAGGGAGAAAGUGAGCCAGAGUCAGAGAAAGAGGUGGACAUACUGGAGAUGAAGGCUAAAGCCCGACCACUCAGGUCAGUACGAACUCUGUGUGACCACACUGGAACAGGCUCGGAGCUCAGCUUCUGCAAAGGGGAGGAACUCGUGGUGUUAGGAGGCGUCGAUCAAGACUGGAUUCGCUGUCGUCAGGGAGACAAAGAGGGGCUGGUACCUAUUGGCUACACGUCCCUCAUCAUGUGACUUCGACACCAUAACUGCUGCACUCAAUCAAUAAAAAAAAUGAAUAAAUAAAUAAAUAUAUAUAUAUUUUAGGCACGUAUUGAGAAGUUGUGGUGAGGCUCCUCUACUCUGAAAAGGGAUAUUUCACACUUGCUCGGUUAGCGAUUUGAGUUGAGUGCAUAACACCAUCUGCUCUGCUUUACGUUCAUCAGAAGCAGUCUGCAGCCCUCUGCCUUUAUGAACAUAUGGGAGUUUUUUUUCCCAUCACAAUCCAUCCAGUUUGGUAGCAUUCAACUGAGGGAUUUUAGGAAUGCAGCAGAUGGUGUGAAAUAAUGACUCAAGUCAAAUUUAGAUGAUUUCCCCCCUGGAAGACCUUUUGAUCUUGGACUGAAGUAUCCCUUUAAAUGCCCUUUUCUCAAUUUCUACCCUCCUCGCCUUUAGCCACUGAUCUGAAAAUGAUCACAGGGGAAAUUCUGUGCGAUCAAGCACUAGCACUGCUGUCAAAUCAGCGGCUGCCUGUAUUGAGGAGGCAACAAUCGACAGCUUUGUAGUAGCCACGUAAAUAUCUCUAGUCGUCAGUCGUAGAGAGUCGUGGUUCACAGGUUGUCGAGUGGAGAAAGCAUUUUAGAGCACUGGGCCAUAGUUCCUGUUGCAUACUGCGUAGUAAUGUAGUGAAUUGUAGCUGUGUAGAUCCGUGUUCUAUUGACCUUUCACCCCUAUUGACCUUUCACUUUUAUCGCCUGGUUCAUGUAUGUUUGACAUGUUUCUGCUACUAUAUUUGACUAUAUAAGUAUACAUUAAAAGAAUAA